GCCCGCAGUGGAGGGGGGGGCAUUGUUGUGGGUGACGUCCCGGGCGGAGGAUGCGGGCGCCCCAUUGGCUCGGGCUCGGCGGCCGCGCGCCGGGAUCUUAAAGGGCGACGGGCCGCGGGCCGCGCCGGGCGGGCCCAUGGCCAGCACCAGCAGCCCCCUGUACGAUGCUGUUCCAAUGCAGUCCAGCGUGGUGUUGUGCUCCUGCUCGUCCCCCUCGAUGGUGAGGAGCCAGGCAGAGCCCAGCGCUCCGGCGGCGGCCCCGGCCUGCGGCAGCAGACAGGGCCCGGCCAUGGAGGGCCCGGCCGAGCCCCGGCCCGGCGCCCUGCCGCAGCACGCGGGGCAGCAGCCGCAGCCUCGCAAGAAACGCCCCGAUGACUUCAAAUUUGGGAAGAUCCUGGGAGAAGGAUCUUUUUCAACGGUUGUCUUGGCUCGAGAACUGGCAAGUUCUAGAGAAUAUGCCAUUAAAAUUCUAGAAAAACGCCAUAUCAUAAAAGAAAACAAGGUGCCGUACGUGACACGAGAGAGAGAUGUCAUGUCCCGCCUGGAUCACCCGUUCUUUGUGAAACUCUACUUCACCUUUCAGGAUGACGAAAAGCUAUAUUUUGGGCUUAGCUAUGCCAAAAACGGAGAGCUGCUAAAGUACAUACGCAAAAUUGGCUCGUUUGAUGAGACCUGUACCAGGUUUUAUACUGCUGAAAUUGUAUCAGCCCUGGAGUAUUUGCAUGGAAAAGGAAUUAUUCACAGGGACCUUAAGCCAGAGAACAUCUUGCUGAAUGAAGACAUGCACAUUCAAAUAACAGACUUUGGAACAGCAAAAGUAUUAUCUGCAGAUAGCAGGCAAGCACGGGCAAACUCAUUUGUAGGGACAGCACAGUAUGUUUCUCCAGAACUGCUAACAGAGAAAUCUGCCUGUAAAAGCUCUGACCUCUGGGCCCUGGGAUGUAUAAUAUAUCAGCUUGUGGCUGGAUUGCCUCCGUUUAGAGCUGGAAAUGAAUAUCUUAUAUUCCAGAAGAUAAUAAAGUUGGAAUAUGACUUUCCAGAAAAAUUUUUUCCCAAGGCAAAAGACCUUGUUGAAAAGCUAUUGGUUCUAGAUGCUACCAACAGAUUAGGUUGUGAAGAAAUGGGAGGAUAUGGACCUCUUAAGGCUCACCCCUUCUUCGAAUCGAUUGUGUGGGAGAACCUACAUCUUCAGACACCCCCAAAACUUACAGCGUAUUUACCUGCUAUGUCAGAGGAUGAUGAAGACUGUUAUGGAAAUUAUGACAAUCUCCUCAGUCAGUUUGGUUGCAUGCAAGUUUCUGGUUCUGCCUCUUCCCAUUCGCUGUCAGCCCCAGAGCCAAGUACCGCACAGACAUCAGGAGGAAACAUCGAACAGUAUAUUCAUGAUCUUGACAACAAUUCCUUUGAGCUGGACUUACAGUUUUCUGAAGAUGAAAAGAGGUUACUUCUGGCAAAACAAGCUGGGGGAAAUCCCUGGCAUCAGUUUGUAGAAAAUAAUUUAAUCCUAAAAAUGGGUCCAGUGGACAAAAGAAAGGGAUUGUUUGCACGUCGGCGCCAAUUGCUGCUCACAGAAGGGCCCCACCUGUAUUAUGUGGAUCCUGUCAACAAAGUUCUAAAAGGAGAAAUUCCGUGGUCUUUAGAGUUGCGGCCAGAAGCCAAGAACUUUAAGACAUUUUUUGUUCACACACCAAACAGGACAUAUUACCUGAUGGACCCGAGUGGGAAUGCUCAUAAAUGGUGCAAAAAGAUACAUGAAGUUUGGCGGCACAGAUACCACCAGAAUGCUGCUAAAUAGUAAAGCUCAUCCAAAAUUUCCCAGUUUCGCUACUUGCUGCUAGAACUCCAUGUGCAGCCGAUCAGAGGAAUCUUUUCAACCCACCUAUUACCAUCUCAAGGGGAAGCAAAUGUCUGAAAUGUUCUGUGUGGUUUUUUGGUUGUGUGUGUGUUUUCUUUUUUUUCCUUGUCUUUUUUUUUCUUUUUUUUUUUUCUUUUUGUUUUGUGUUUGUUUUGUUUUAUUUUUUUUAAAGAAAGAAAGAAAAAAAAGAAAAGCAAAAACCUAAUGGAAUUCAGGGUCGCUUUGCUUGCUCUUUGUGCUUCUGUUGAGGCUUCCACAUGCAUAUCAUUGCAGUGAAGAUCUUGCUUUUGUGCACUUCAGCUCAGUUUCUGCUGCAGACUAGUGGAUAGACCUUGCGUUACCAGCUUCACUUCAGAUGAGUUCAAACGAAUCCACACGCACACAUGCCAAAUCAUGGCCCAGCCUGGCAUUUUCUGGGGCUGGCGUUUUCUGUGACUUUCAGAUUAUCAUUAAACUGUAUUUCAUCAGGGAGCUUUUAUAUGCCUCUCCUAAGCACCACCUCUUCAUUUUCUCUUCCUUUCCUCACAGUCCCCCAGCUUAUUGGUAUAUGGCAUUUGUAACCAGGUCAGUUGCACCCUUGUGUAAUUCCUAAUAUAGUUCUGGUUGCAGGAUUUAUGUGGUACUUUAGUAAUUAUGUGAAUGAAUCACAUGUAUGUGUCUGGCAGACAGGCUCCAAUGAUACAGGUUGUGAGAGAGUAAAAUGCUUAACAUGGCACUGAAAGUUUUCUAAAAUUGAAAUGUUGGCUUCUGAAGCAUAUAAGAUUUUAAACAUUCAACUUAAAUUUUAAUAUGAAUUGUAUGUGUGCUUAAUCAAGGGACAGUAAACUUACCAGCAUGCUUUUAACUAAUGCUAACUAAAAAAAAGUAACUAGUUAGUAUGGGGGGAAAAGGUUACUAUUAAGUAGUAAAUAGUUCUUCACCUUUUCAGGAGAUGAGGGCUAGAAGCUUUCUUUCCAGGGUGUGCAUGUAUUGUGCAUUUUAGUGGGGCCAACCUAUUUACCUGGGUAGAGGAGGAAAUGUGAAAGCUUUGUGCAAUUGAUUACUUGACUUUUUUUUGUCUCAUUGUGUAAUGAGAUGUAUAAAUAAUCCUAUUUUGGGUCUUUGGCCGAACAUUUACCAGUUCUGAAAAAAAAAAAAAAGCCAUUGAAAUAUUAGAUCCAUAAAGUAAUCUGGUUAAAAAUGCAAAGGAAAAUAUUGAUACAAAGGGGAAAAUAUAUGGUACUUAAGUCAUAUCUAUAAAAUGAAAAUAUUUUUCAUAUCGAUCUCAUUUAUCCUCUUCAAAUUAAGGCUUUUUUUAGUGGUCAAACAUUUCUUGUAACAUUGCAAAGAUACAACUUUCUAUGUGCUAAAACCAACUUCCCUAGUGGUAUUUUCAACACGCCUGUGUUCCUGAACCUUGCGGAGAGGAAUGGCCUGGGUCCGGACAGAGGCAUUCCUUCCUUGUUUUAAAAGCAGUAUAAACAUCACACCUAUUUAUUCACCUUGUACACACACCAUCUCUUUGCAUUUUGAGGUCUCAUCAUAUGAUGUGCUUUCCCUUCUGCCGAAGAAAGAAAAGUUCCGCUGCAAUGUUGAAAAAACUCCUGGGCCACUGUUUUAGAAGCAGAAUUUCUCAGCAGACACACGAAUGUUGGAUAUUUUGUUGUUUUACAGGGUGAAGGAGAUUUAUUCUUGAUCUCUGAAAAACUGUGUUACAUGGUUGAACUUGAUGACAGUUCAGCUUUUCCAGUAUCUCUCAGUCUUUAAAGGAGAGAGUGCAGUUGUGUUUCUUGUGGAGGAACCGCAUUCUUGUGGUCUUCUGUCAUCCCACCACGUGCACAGGCUUGACGAAAGUAAAUCCCUGGCGCAGUGCCCAGUGUUAAGGGAGAUAAGGUGUCUUACAAAUGGAUGAGGUGAAGACAGAACACCAUUCCCUUUGCAUCAUGAGAAAUUUCGUCACAUAAAAUGUACACUCCUUGUUACUAAAAUUUGGAUAGCGCAGUACACCUUUGACCUGUGUCUGUAUUAAUCCUGUAUUUACCAUUCUAACCAAGAUGACAUAUACUGUAAUUUUGUUGCAGUGCUAUCUAUUUGCUCUCUGGCUGUCAAGUUCCAUCUAUCUUGGGUCCACUGGAGGCAACCCUACCACUUUUGGAUUUAGUCUUUGGUAUAGAGACGUAGACAUACUCCCAGCUUCAUACUUGAGAGCUUGGCAGCGAUGGAGAUUCGCGGCGCUGCUGCUGUUCAGUGCAACAAAACUUGGCCUCCCAUAAAAAGUCUGGCAGGGCUGUUCUGCUGACAGAGAACACCUUAACUUCAUGAGAUGAAGUCAUCUCUGUUGGCUCGUUCACUAGGAGUGCUUAAACAUGUUUUCUGGAAUAUUUAGGCUCGUAGUCAUUUUGCCAUACUGAAGUAAUUACUCUGCUUUUUCACACCUUGGAAAUCCUCUCUCAGUAGGCUUCCAUGCUGCCCGCCAAAAGCAUUCAGCCACAUCAGUCUAUAGCAGUAAGCUGUCAAGAAGGUGUCUGGAAGGCUGAUCUCUGCAUUCUAGUUUCCUUUUUUCUUUUGACAAUGCUGUCAUUAGGAAACUGAGCAUCACUUGCAGGCACCCUCCCCUCAGAACUUCAGUGUUCCAACUCAGGUCUUCCUUAGCUGCUGCUUUUUUGGGAAGGGACCUAGAACUCUUCUAGGAGAGGUAUUCAUCUUGGACUGUAAGUAAAAUGUGGUUUUGAAAGAUGGCAGAAGAAUAGAGUGAGGCAAGACAAAGCAAUCGUGUGGAUUUAAGUAUGUUUCAUCAGUUUGUCCACUUCAGUGUGGACUGACAGGAGCUGCACGCUAUGGAGGGCUGGUUCCUGUUUUAAUUGCUUACACCUGCAGUGGGAUAGCCUUAGAUCUUUGGCCUGGAGAUGGCUUCUGUGCUUCGUGGGCGUUCAUGGAAUGACGUGUACGAGGGAAGUUCUUCGGAGCUGCAGAUAAGCCAGUUAAUUGCUCUCCUCCUUUCUGAGGUCUUUCAAAGCACAAAAAGGGUUAUUAGGCACUUAAAGACUCAUCUUCAGAUUCCUCACUGCAAACCUACUGAAAACCCAAUCUGUUCAUUAUCAAUUCAUUCCAUCUUUUGCAUUUUGAACAAUUGCCAAUCAUUUAUAAAGCAUCUGGUCAGUGGUGGUGUAAUCUUGUUUUGCUUGGGAUUUGAACUUCAGGGAGGUGUUUAUUCCAUCUGUUUUCUGUGGGGUGGAGCUUAAGAAAGGAUAAAGUACUGCUAGAAAGGAUUUUUGAAUCACAAUGUUCUAUUCAGUAUCCAGCCCAGUCACACGGAGUUUAAAACUACUUUGAUAAGCUGGAGAGAUUAGUUUAUUACCAUUGGCCUUGAAGUCCAGUUUUGACAAAGGUUUAUGUUAGGGAAGACUUGCUUCGGAUGUGAUGUUGCCGCAUUGUGAGCAGACUGAUAUUACCUGCUGAAGACAUCGAGCUGUCAGAUAGCGCUGUUCUCCACUUUUCUCCUUCUGAUGUGAUUUGGUUGUGAAUUAUCUGCUAUAUCUACACCUGGAAAACAAAGAUGUGAUAGUUGUAGUCCCUUUUCGUAGUUCAAGAUGCUUAAUGUGCUCAAUAUCAUUACAUUUUGUGCUGGGAACUUUGAAGAAUUCUGAGGAUUUUCCACAUGUACACGUAACAGUUUCUCUUGAAUGAUUUAGUAAAGUCAACACAACUCUUUCUUUUGGCCUGUGGACAAAACAUUUGAUUUCAACACCUAGCUGAGGAGAGAACUUGUGUAUUAAUAGUUGCCUGAAGAUGUGGUCUGUGGAUUCUGAUCAUUCUUUCUAAUUGUGAAUUACACAAAUAGGUGUGGUAUUUAUAUUUGAAAUUUUGCUGAAUGCCUGUAAUAGUUUAUGCAAAUAUUUUAUUAAUCAAAUGGAAGUGCUCCUGCAAAGCUUCUUGACACAGAUUGUCCAUCAGUUGAUCAGGUGAGCUUACAGACAGUAAUUCUCUGACCCAACAGGGCGUGCUUUCAGCUCAGAUGAGACUGGUAAUUUGAGAACGUUUCCUCUUUCUUAGAAGAAAUACGACAUUCAUACAUCAACAAUAACCUGGUCUGUCUGUCAGCAUGGCAGUGAAUGUAGAUGGUUGCCAUUUGACAAAGCUUCCUAUGACCAUGUACUAACUCUGAUUGGAUGUGGCAAACGUUCUAAAUUGUAGCAGAACUUACAAUUACCGUAUCCGACAAAAGAGAAGAAAUAGGAAUCAGGAACCAUAAUCAGUUUGGACAGUUGUACGCUAGCUGUUUUCAGGUUGGUGGCAGUCAGUUACAUGUGUAAUAUUCUCUACCUGGUUUGUAGCUGUAACUGUGAUGUACAGAUAAAAGAUGACAAAACCAAAACAAACCACAAACAAAACCAACACAAACCCAAAACCCCCUCAACAAACGUCACAAAACAAUCUCCCCUCCUCCAAGAACUUGUGAAAACAGAAGCAAAUAAUGCAAUGAUUUAAGAUACACACUUUUUGUAUUUUUAUUCUUAUAAGGUUAUUUGCUGGCUCUUGUUGGCCUCUAGUUCAGUCUGUGUUAUUUAAAUUCUAAUAUAUGAAAUAUUUGGAUUGAAUUCAUGUUCGGGGCCAUGGUGUUGUAUGUAUUGAUGUACAGCCUUGAAUGUGAAUAAUUAUUGUAAACUAUAUUUUACACCUUUUUUCUGGCUUUAUUAUAAAAAUUUUCUAUUGGUCGAUGAUUUAAUCAUAUCUCAUAAUUUAAUGACUGUUUAUUCUCUCGACAGAUCUCUGUGCUGUAGAUGUGUAGUUAGUGACCGGAUGAUGGAUUUCACUUAAUGCUUGGUAGUCUGUAAUAAAGGCAUGUAGGGUCCUGG